CAGUCACAAGCCUACCAACUUUUUUUUUUUUUUUAAAUGAGAACAAGAGAGGAAGGAAAUAAAGAUGCAGCUGCGUGGUUUUGGAAUCCGCUCGCUCUUCUUAUCUCACACAGAAGCUCUGUGUGGCACAUCGAUCCCGGAUUUAAAACUACACUUUCACGUUUUAAUAUUUUUUUUUUAGAUUUUUUUUUCCCCCCCCUCAAAGGACAAAUUUCUCCCAUGAAGACCAUCCGAUGGCUUCCACUGGUGCUGGGUGCUCUGCAGGCUGCGGCCGAGCUCUUCCACACCAAAGCGGGCCAGGGGACCGUCAUCAAGUGCGGCCCGGACAACUUCGCCUCCAGCCUGGUGUGGCGUCGCGGCAGCCAGCUCCUCUUUAGGGUCACCAGCAAAACUCGCAUGCUGCAGAGAGGUAUGUCGUUAACAUCGCAAUGAGGUCCAAACAGAAGCAGGACACCAAUUUGCAGAUCUCCGUGGUGGAGGAAGGUGACGCCGGAGAGUUCACAUGCGUGGUGGACAACAAGGAAACAGUGCACACGCUUGUCGUCGUCUCGAUGUCGGUGGACCCUCCGGGUGACGACCUGCGCCCAGGCAGUCUGGCAAAACUGCAGUGCCGCGUGGCCGGGCUGCCGUCGGACCCGCGGGUGGAGUGGAAUCGACCCGGCGAUGCUCAUCGAUGGGAUCGCGGCCUGGCUCGCCUUGAGCCGGUGGAGGCGUCCCAUGCUGGGAAGUGGCAAUGUGUCUUCCACCACGAUGGGGCCCACUACAUGGAGGAAAUCGAGCUUAGCGUGAAAAAAAUGUCCAUGACAACCAUCUCCCCAAGUGCAAGGGGUCAUCCGUCCCCUGGCCCCAUCAUGGUGGCGCUUCCCAAGCUGGGCUUUUGGCUCGUGGCCUCCGGUGGCAGCCUGCUGGUGCUCCUGCUGCUCAUCUUGGUCUUGAUUAUGUCUUGCCGCAUCAGAAGAAGGAAGCUUCAGAAGAGAUUCCUGCAGAUGAACGCCAGAAAACCGAUGAGCGGCCGCCAAUACUGCCAGUGUCGCGGCCCGACAGCUGCCGUGGCACCACGGCGGCCGGAGAAGACGACAACAACGACGACGAAGAAGAAGAAGAAGCCGCCCGCCCUCCCGAUGUGCUGAAAAAGCGACUGAAGGAAAAUAAAGAAAAAAGAUGACGUGAGAGAGAGAGAGAGAGAGAGAAUUAGUAAGACAAUGACGAGCUGAAUAUAAAUUGAAUCG